AUGGGUUGCGGAACAGCGGCUGCGGAAGGUCCGCAAGCGCAGGAGACGCGUCGGAAUAGUUCUUGCGGUAGCCCGAGUCGAACUGUUAGUCAAUAUGGGAGUCAGGCGUAUUUGGCGCAUGGUGGAGGAUUGAUUGAACAUGAUUGGGAUAGUGAUACACCGCCGUUGGACACGUUGAGUUGGAGCAAUGCGGGAAGUAUGUUCUGGAGCUUGUGGUUCAGGCUUGGGCCUAGAUUUCUGAGCCUGAAAUUCGGUUUUGUUGGAGCUUGUGGUCUAGACCCUGAAAUUCAGGCUUGGGCCUAGAUUCCUGAGCCUGAAAUUCAGGCUUGGGCCUAGAUCCCUGAGCCUGAAAUUCAGGCUUGGGCCUAGAUUCCUGAGCCUGAAAUUCAGGCUUGGGCCUAGAUUUCUGAGCCUGAAAUUCAGGCUUGGGCCUAGAUUCCUGAGCCUGAAAUUCAGGCUUGGGCCUAGAUUCCUGAGCCUGAAAUUCAGGCUUGGGCCUAGAUUUCUGAGCCUGAAAUUCGGUUUUGUUGGAGCUUGUGGUUCAGGCUUAGGCCUAGAUUCCGAAGCCUGAAAUUCGGGGGCUUGUGGUCUAGAGAAUUUUAGGCUUGGGCCUAGAUUCCUGAGCCUGAAAUUCAGGCUUGGGCCUAGAUCCCUGAGCCUGAAAUUCGGUUUUGUCUAUUAGCUCCUUAGGCCCAGGCUUUUUUAGCCUAAAGCCUAGAUAUAGGCUUACACUAAGCCUAGAUCUAAUCUGAGCAAUGCUAUAGAUUUCGAAGUUUUGGCUCAUUCCCACUGUCAACUUGUAAAGUUUGACCUGAGCAAUAUCUGAGAUUUUUGGAUUUUUGAAAAAUCUCUAAUCUGAGCAAUCUCAUAAAUUUUUAAGUUUUCGGAUUUUAACUGGUUUUCUCAGAUUGUAUUCCUGUACAGUAUAACCUUGAUUUUUGAGAAUUUCGGAAAAAUCUCUAAUCUGAGCAAUAUUAUAGAUUUUUGAGUUUCCGGAUUUUAACUGGUUUUCUCAGAUUGUCUUCUUGUAAAGUAUAUGAGCAAUCUUUUGGUUUUUAAGAUUUUUUGAAAAUUUCUAAUCUGAGCAAUGUUAUGAAUUUUUACUUUGCUAGAAAAAAAACUAGAUAAUUUGCUACUACGAACUUGUAGAACAUAACCUGAGCAAUCUCUUAGAUUUUUGGAUUUUUGAAAAAUCUCUAAUCUGAGCAAUGAAAAAUAGCUCUGAAAUUAGGCUCUAAAAAGUUAAGGUAAGGUAAAUGUGAGCUUAAAAUUUGAAGCUUCCGGUUAGGCCUUGAAUUUUGACUCUGAUUUUAAGCUCAUAACAUUUUUAGGCUCAAUUCAAUUUUUUUCAAGAAUCCACGUGGCUUUUUUAUAUUUUUCCAGAUAUAUUUUCAGGCUGAAAUUGCAUGCUGAAAUACAAUUUUCAAAUUUAGGCUAAAUCAAGAGGUAUUUGUUCAUUUGUUUACGAAUUUCGAACAGAUUUUUCAAUUUUUUCAAAAUCCACGUGUCAAUUUUUGAAGUUCUCGAAUUUUCCAGAUAGAUUUUCAGUCUGAAAUAAAUUGCAUGCUGAAAACAAAUUUUCUCAAAUACAAAAAUAUGUCAAUCUAUGUAGAUAUCUAGAAAAAAAGAUGGCGAAAAAAAAGGAAAAGAAAAAAAAUAAUUAUUUUUUUUCUAUUCUUUUUUUUUUGUCUUUUUUUUUGUUUAUGUGGCGGGGGAAUUUUAUAUUUGAAUGUGGAUGGAAAAAAAUGGGAAAAUGAAGAAGAAGAAGAGGUACUCUAGAAUGAGGGGAAAAGUUGAGUUAAGGGAACUUGGGAAGAUUUUCUGAACAAAAAAUUGAAAAUUUCGGAUUUUUUAACACUUCAGGAAAGAUUUCUGAAAUUUUCAGUCGAAAAAUUUGCUGAAAAAUUGAAUGAAAAUCCUAAUUUUGUAGAGAAUUCUGUGAAAUUCUUCAAAAAAAUCGGGAUUUUUCCGAAAAAAAAACUGAAAAAUCCAAUAAAAAAUUGGGAAAAUCUGAAAUUUGUCUGAAAAUCCCCCAAAAAUUUUAGAUUUUCUGAAAAUUUCUGAUUUUAUUAGGAUUUUUCAACAAUUCAGGAAAGUUUCUGGAAUUUGAAUUUUUGUAAAAAAAAAUUCAUUGGGGAAAAAUCUGAAAAUUUAAGCCUAAUUUGAAGAUUUUCAGGGUUUUUAGAGCAUUGCUCAUAUUAGUCGAAAAAUUUUUAAAUUAAAAAAUUGAAUGAAAAUCCUAAUUUUGUAGAGAAUUCUGUGAAAUUCUUCAAAAAAAUCGGGAUUUUUCCGAAAAAAACUGAAAAAUCCAAUAAAAAUAGAGGAAAAUCUGAAAUUUUGUCUGAAAAUCUCGAAAAUUCCUCCAAAUUUUUGCAGACGAAUACGACAAUGUGACACUGAUGUACGCAAAACACGAGAAAAUUCCGAUGAAAGAUUUCGGAUCGGAAAUUCGUGCCACAAUGGACAUUGAUCAUUUGUUGAAUAAGGUGAGUUGAAAAUGACAAUUUCCGGCGGCGGAGCUCAAAAAUGUGCACUUUUUCGGCUGAAAAUGCUCAAAAAUGCUCAUUUUUGAGGGGUUUUUCAUGAAAAAUGAUGAUUUUUGGACCUAGAAACAUUUUUCAAACAAAAAUUGGGGGACUAGGUUUUGCAAUGGGAAAAUUCUAGUCCCUGAACAUUUCUAGGCCAGAAUUUUGUGCUGAAACUCGUGGCAAUGCUGAAAAUCACUGAAAACUAAUAUUUCCAUGAGUUUCAGCACAAAAUUUCGGUCUAGAGACAUUUUCCAAACAAAAAAUGGGGGACUAGGUUUUGCAAUGGGAAAAUUCUAGUCCCCGAACAUUUCUAGACCAGAAUUUUGUGCUGAAACACGUGGAAAUGCUGAAAAUCGCUGAAAACUAAUAUUACCAUGAGUUUCAGCACAAAUUUUCGGUCUAGAAACAUUUUUCAAACAGAAAAAUGGGGGACUAGGUUUUGCAUUGUGAAAAUUCUAGUCCCUGAACAUUUCUAGACCAGAAUUUUGUGCUGAAACACGUGAAAUACUGAAAAUCCUCAAAAAUCCCAAAUUUCAGGCCGUUUUGCUGUUGGACUUACAAGAAACCAGUUUGGAGGAGAUUUUUGCCAAAAUUAUUCAUGAAAUGGAUAUUCAGGAGCCCGAAUUCACCAGCGAACAAGUUCGAAGUGUACUUUUCACACAAGAUGCUGGAAAUCAAUGUGGGUUUUGGUUUUGGCUGAAAAUUGACUGAAAAUUUGAAAAAUUCGGGGAAAAUUGAGCCGGGGAGCUUUUUUGAAAAAAAAAAAUUUUGUUCGGUGUGGGGAUUGAUCCCUCGACCUUCUGAUUGGAAAAAUUUUGAGCUUAAUAUCUUGUGGAAGCCUGAUAAGAUUUUCAAUAAAAAAAAAAUUAAAAAAAAAUUGCCCUCAUGGGGGAUUGAUCCCCCGACCUUCUGAUUGGAAAUUUUUAAGCCUAAAAUAGCUCAAAAUUCAUGAUUUCUAGCUCAAAAUGAUCUGAAAAAUCCGAAUUUUUGCUCAAAAUUGAUGAAAAUUGAAUCAGAAUGGCCUAAAUUUAAUAAAAAUAAAAAUUCCUGGCUUAAAAUAAUCCUAAAAUUAAUUUCUAGCCUAAAAUUGCUUAAAAUUCAUGAUUUCUAGCUCAAAAUGGUCCAAAAAUUCCGAAUUUUCACCUUAAAAUCCACGAAAAUUUAAAAAAUUUCAGUCCAUAUUCUGUCUCGAACAGUUCAAUCGAUUUGCACAACCGGUUCAGUUGGCGGCAGUUUUGACUACGAUCAAACGUGGAUUUGUGCACUGUGUAUGCUGAAUACGGUACAACAUCGCCACGUGGCAAUUGCCAGAUUAUCACAUCCAACUAAUUUGGGCAGAACUAUGCAGGAUUUGCGAUUUAUUAUUAUUGUUAUUGCGCCGAGUCGAGCGGUAAGUGCGCAAAUUUGCCGAAUUUUUGGUGAAAAUCUGGAAAUUUUUGAUGGAAAAUGAAGUUUUUCAUGAAUUUUAGGUUAUUUUUCUGAUUAUUCAGAUUUUCCUGAUCAUUUUGACCCAUUUUAGGCUCAAAAUUCGCAAAAAAAUUCGAAUCAGAAGGUCAGGGGAUCGAUCCCCCAUGAGGGCGAAAUUUUUUUUUUUGAUUUUUUUUUUCAAAAUCGUAUCAGGCUUCUAUAGAUGUUCUCUGAAACCUUUUCACCCAAAAUUUCUAAUCAGAAGGUCAGGGGAUCGAUCCCCACACCGAACAAAAUUUUUUUUUUUUUUAGAAAUUUUGACCUGAAAUUAAAUUCAGGUUCUUUUUCUGAUUAUUCGGAUUCUCCUGAUCAUUUUGACCCAUUUUAAGCUCAAAAUUCGCAAAAAAAUUUCCAAUCAGAAGGUCAAGGGAUCGAUCCCCACACCGAACAAAAUUUUUUUUUUAGAUUUUUUGACCUGAAAUUAAAAUUCAGGUUCUCCUGAUCAUUUUGAGCUAUUUUUCAUGAAUUUUGACAAAUUUUAGGCUUUUUUUCAGCAAUUUCUAGAAAAAAUUUCCAAUCAGAAGGUCAAGGGAUCGAUCCCCCAUGAGGGCGAAAAAAAUUUUUUUCAAAAAUUUUUCAAAAUUUCCAGAAAGGCACAAAAACGGCGCUGGAAACCACGCGCACUUUCGCCACACUUUUUGCCGAUAUGGAAAUACGUCAGCGUUUAGUGAUGGCACAAACUGUGGAGCAAUUCAGGAGCACAUUAUUAUCAGCUGCUAAAGAAUUGGCAAUGGAUCAGAAUCAGUGGAGAGAACGCAAAUCAUCCAUUCAUUUAUCGCAUGCUAAAGAACAAAUUGUGAGUUGAUACAGUACUCCAGGGGUACUGUAGAUGGGAAAUUUGAAAAAUUCGAGAAAUUUUGAUCUAGAAACACGGUUUUUGUGAUUACUGUAGCUGAAAAUCUGGGAUUUUUUGAGAUACAGUACUUUUUUUAGUUGAUACAGUACUCCAGGGGUACGGUAGAUGAGAAAUUUGAAAAAUUCUGGAAAUUUUGAUCUAGAAACAUCGAGUUUUGCACAAAUUUUGAGCUACAGUACUUUUAGAACUGCAAGAGGUACUGUAGCUCAAUUAAUGCUUUUUUUAGUUGAUACGGUACUCCAGGGGUACUGUAGAUGAAUAAAAUAAGUUAAAAAUCUGAAAUUAUUGAGCUACAGUACUUCUAGAACUGCAAGAGGUACUGUAGUUUUUGGAUAUCGAUUUUUCUAGUGAAAAAUAAAGUUUUCAAAAUUCAAACUACAGUAACCCGGACUGCAAAAACAGCAAAAAUUUUGUUCGAACUGCAAGGAGUACUGUAGAUUUUGAAUAUUUUAGGACAGUACUUCUAGAACUGCUACAGUACUUCUAGAACUGCAAGGAGUACUGUAGCAUCAGAAAUCGUAAAUAAUCGGUUUUUUUGAGCUACAGUAACCCGAACUUCAAAAAAACAAUGACAAUUUCAAUACAGUACCUUUAGAACUGCAAAGAUUACUGUAGCAUCAGAAAUCGGAAAGUUGGAAAACAAUUGAAUUUUGUGAGCUACAGUAACCCGGACUGCAAAAAAUCGUUUCCGGGCUCAAAAUGCUCCAAAUUUUUCGAAUUUUUCACCAAAAAUCUUCAAAUUUCAAUUUGCAGUUCGGUCCCGAAGCGUGGUAUCCAUUCCGCGGUCUCAAAGAGGAAUUCCAACGUCGUCUCGCGAUCUACCCAUCCGAUUUCCUUGAUGGAAUUCAGGGACAUCGAACCAUCCAAAAACUGCUGUCCACAAUUGUAUUUUUGUAUUUUGCGUGCCUUUUGCCGGCCAUCGCGUUCGGCGUUUUGAAUCAUGACAAUACGGAGGGAGCUAUACGUGAGUUUUUGGAGUUUUGGCGGCUGAAAAUCUGCAAUUUUUGACAAUUUCUAGUGAAAAUGCGAUGAAAUUUGAGCCAAAAUGAGGUUUUUCUAGUGAAAAUUUCAGAAAUUUUGGUUCUACAGUACUUUUUUUCUAGUUACAGUACCCCUUGCAGUUCUAGAUCUAAAAAAUUUUCGGGACUACAGUACUCGAACUGCAAGAUAAAUUUUGCAGUUCGAAGACUACAGUACCCCUUGCAGUUCUAAUCAUGGACUACAGUACCUCUUGUAGUUCUAGAUCUAAACAUUUUUCGGGAUUACAGUAAUCGAACUGCAAAAUGCAAUAAAGUUUGCAGUUCGAAGGGACUACAGUAGCCCUUGCAGUUCUAUCCAUGAACUACAGUACCCCUUGUAGUUCUAGAUUUUAAAAAAAUGUUUCGGAACUACAGUAGUCGAACUGCGAGGUGAAUUUUGCAGUUCAAAGGGACUACAGUACCCCCUUGUAGUCCAAAAAUUUCGAUGAAACUACAGUACCCCUUGUAGUUCUAGAUCUAAAGAUUUUUCGGGUGCUACAGUACUCGAACUGCAAGAGUUUGCAGUUCGACGGGACUACAGUACACCUUGCAUUCCCAAAAUUUCGAUGAAAUUACAGUACCCCUUGUAGUUCUAAACCUCAAAAUUUUUCGGAACUACAGUAGUCGAACUGCAAGAUGAAUUUUGCAGUUCGAAGGGACUACAGUACACCUUGCAGUCCCAGAAUUUCGAUGAAACUACAGUACCCCUUUCAGUUCUAUUCAUGAACUACAGUAGACCUUGUAGCUCUAGACCCAAAAUGUUCAGGACUACAGUACUCGAACUGCAAGAUAAAUUUUGCAGUUCGAAAGGACUACAGUAUCCCUUGCAGUUCUCUACAGUACCCCCCACUCGAUUUUUUGCAGAUGUCAAAAAAGUAAUUCUUGCUCAAUCAAUCGGCGGUAUCUUUUUCUCACUAUUCGGAGGUCAACCAAUGAUUAUUCUACUAACUACAGUACCCCUAGCUAUUUAUAUUAAAGGUGAGUGUACGGUAGAGAGUACGGUAGCUACAGUAAUCCGUUUUAGAAAUACAGUAGAUCAUUUUUCAAUAGCUAAAAACUAGCCUUGUUAGUUCUGUAGAUCAAAAAAUUCCCCAUUUUUCGACCUACCUACCGUAUCCUCUUACAGUAAUCCACAAAAUCUCCAAAGAACUUGGCUACAGUUUUUUGGCAAUGUACGCGUUGGUCGGUGUAUUCUGCCAAUGUUUUUUGGUACUGUACUCGGCUACAGAAUUGUGUAGUCUGAUGAAGUUCGCGACACGAUCUGCUGAAGAAAUGUUCUCACUUUUUAUUGCCAUCGCAUUCACUGUGGAGAGUUUGAGAGCUCUGUCGAAUAGUGAGUUUUUGGGAAGUUGUGGGGAUCAAAAUGAGCACAAAUUUGGCUCUGAAAGAUUCAGUAGAAGUUCUGAUAAUUCUGAAUUUGUGGGGAAUUUUCUGAAGCUUUUGGGAGUUAGAAUUCUUGAUUUUUGGAUUUAAAAUGAGCCUAAAUUUGAAGUACAGUACCUCUAGAACUGCAAGAGAUACUGUAGUUUUCGGAUAUCGAUUUUUUUCGGUUAAACCCGAGCACAAAAUAAAGUUUUCAAAAUUCAAACUACAGUACUCCGGACUGCAAAAACUGCAAGGAGUACUGUUUUAGAAAAUACGGAAAACAUUUAUUUAAAAAUUGAUGAGCUACAGUAACCCGGACUGCAAAAUUCGAAAAAUUCCAACCAGAAUUUUCGCUCCAAAAAUUUUCAUUAAAAAAAAAUUUCGCCCCCAUCGGGAAUUGAACCCUUGACCUUCUGAUUCGAAAUUUUUCCUCAAAUUUUGAGCUGGAGUUAGGCUAAAAUCGAAAUAAUUGAAGAAAAAUCACCAAUUUAAAUUCAUAUUGAAAUUUUGUGCCUAAAAAAAUCGAAAAACAUCAAAUUUAAAUUGUGAGGUUUUCAGUACAGUACCUCUAGAACUGCAAGGAGUACUAUUUUAGAAAAUUGAUUCAAAAAUUGAUGAGCUACAGUACUCCGGACUGCAAAAUUUGAAAUUCCAACCCGAAUUUUCGCUCCAAAAAAAUUUCACGAAAAAAAAAUUUCGCCCCCAUCGGGAAUUGAACCCUUGACCUUUUGAUUCGAAGUUUUUCCCUCAAAUUUUGAGCUGGAGUUAGGCUAAAAUUGAAGAAAAAUCCUAAAUUUUUUCAAAAUUCAGGUCAAAAUUUUUAGCUCGGCUUUAAAUUGCUAAAAAUUCAUGAUUUUUGGCUGAAAAUGAUCCAAAAAAAUCUGAAUUUUUGCUCAAAAUUUUCCUAAAAUUAAAUACAGUAUGAAAAUUGCUCAAAACUCAUGAUUUCCGGCUCAAAAUGAUCCAAAAAAUCCGAAUUUUUCCAGGUUUCCACAAAAACUACCAAACCAGCUGCGACUUGUCUCAUAUCAUCAACAAAACCCUAAAUCACUUCGAAAACGCCACCGAACACAAUCAAAAUCUCUCAACAAACGUCUCCGACAUCUUAGGAUCCACCAAAUUCUGCCGACGUGACACCUCAAUUCUAUAUAUGUUGCUCAUGUUUGGCACUCUCUGGCUAGGCCUGUUUUUGUACAAUUUCCGAAAAACACCGUACCUAACCAGGUCUCGCCGGGAAUGGUUAGCUGAUUAUGCUCUACCGGCUUCGGUUUUGAUUAUGAGUUUUAUUGGAAGUUGGGUUUUUGAUGAUAUUCAGAAGGAUCGAUUCGAUGAUUCUGGAGCCAUUUUAACAUGGGCUUGGCAUGAGAUUAAAACGAUACCAAUGGUUGGAAUAUUGGUUUGCUUGCUGCUGGGAUUUUCGCUAUCUUUUUUGUUUUUUAUUGAUCAGAAUAUUACUUCAGCUAUUGUGAAUAAUAAUCAGAAUAAGUGAGUUUUUUUGGGGGGAUUUUUUGAGUCCAAACAUGAUUAUAUUUCUAAUAUGAGCAAUAAUUGUUUAACAUGAGCAAUCCGUAUAUUUGAAUUUUUAUUUAGAAUGUUAUAAUCUGAAGUUCUUGUAGAAGUUUGUUUCCAGAUUAACAUGAGCAAUCCCCUCAACAAAAAAAAAUAAAAAAGUCCGCCAGCACCCGGAAUCGAUCCCCCGACCUUUUGCUCUAUAGAAACUUCUGAAUAUCAAAAUUGAGCUUAACAUGAGCAAUCCCUCUAGAAAUCAGGAUUAGCAUGAGCAAUCCCCUAAACAAAAAAAAACAAAAAAGUCCGCCAGCACCCGGAAUCGAUCCCCCGACCUUUUGCUCCAUAGAAACUGCCUAAUUCUCUGAGCAAUAAAAUUGAGCCUAACAUGAGCAAUCCCUCGGGCGUUUUGACUCAAGGAAUCCAUCUAGAAAUCAUGAUUAACAUGAGCAAUCCCCUCAACAAAAAAAAACAAAAAAGUCCGCCAGCACCCGGAAUCGAUCCCCCGACCUUUUUCUCCCCAAAAAAUCCCCAUUUUGCAGACUCAAAAAAGGCACAUCGCACAACUUGGACCUUUUUGUGGUUGCAAUUCUCAACAUAUUUCUAUCGAUGGCCGGUUUGCCGUGGAUGCACGGCGCUUUGCCGCACUCACCGCUUCAUUUACGCGCGUUGGCCGAUGUUGAGGAACGGGUGUCGCAGGGUCAUGUUCAUGAAGUGUAGGUUUUUUUUGGGCUCAGCUUGAGAUUUGGAGCAUUUUGACACCGAAUAAGCCUGGGGUUGGAGCAUUUUUGCCACGUGGCUUUGUUGGGCUCAAAAUGUGGAGCAUUUUUGAAUUUCUGAAGUUGCCACGCAUUUCGGAGCAGAAGUCUAAUAUGAGCAAUGCUCAAAAAUUACAGAAGUUUUUGUCUAAAAUGAGCAAUGCUCAAAGUUUACAAAAUUCUUGUCUAAUAUGAGCAAUGCACGAAAUUCACAAAAUUUCUUGGCUAAUAUGAGCAAUGAUCGAAAUUUACAUAAAUUCUAGGAUUUUGGAGCUCUAAUAUGAGCAAUGCUCGGAUAUUACAGAAAUUUUAGGAUUCUGGAACUCUAGUAUGAGCAAUGCUCGAAAUUCGCAGAAAUUCUAGGAUUUUGGAGCUCUAACAUGAGCAAUGCUCAAAAUUUACCCAAAUUCUUGUCUAAUAUGAGCAAUGCUCAAAAUUUGAAGCUCUAAUAUGAGCAAUGCAUCGAAAUUAACGGAAAUUCUUGUCUAAUAUGAGCAAUACCUCAAAAUUCCUCGAAUUUUGCGAAAAAUUCAAAAAUUUUGCUCAAAAAUCCUAAAAAUGCUCCAAAUCGAAGUUUCCCGGGUCAAAAAAUCCAAAAAUAUCCGAAUUUUCCACUCAAAACCCUCCAAAUUGAAGCUCUAAUAUGAGCAAUACCUCAAAAUUCUUCAAAUUUCGCCGAAAAUUCGAAAAUUUUGUUCAAAAAACCUAAAAAUGCUCCAAAUCAAAGUUUCCCGUUUUUUUUUACAGAAUAAUGAAUGUGCGUGAAACGCGUCUCGCCUCAUUAGUUGCUCAUAUUAUGAUUCUCAUCUCGCUCUUUGUCUUCAUUCCCAAUCCACUUCAAUACAUUCCAACAUCGGUUCUACACGGCCUGUUUUUGUAUAUGGCGUUGACUUCGUUGAGUGGAAAUGAGAUGUUUGAGCGAUUGUUGUUGUUGAUCACGGAACAGGUUGGAAUUUGGGGCAUUUUGAGCUGAAAAUCGUGAAAAAUGAUGAGUUUUAGGCUAAAAUUCGUGAAAAACGGUGCAUUUUGAGCCAAAAAUCGUGAAAAAUUAUGAAUUUUAAGUCUAAUAUGAGCAAUGCUCUUUUUUCUUGAAUAUUUAGGCUCAUAUGAGCAAUGUUUUGACCAAAAAAUGCCACGUGGAAUUUAAAAAUUCUGGUUAAUAUGAGCAAUGCAAUUUUUCUGAGAUUUAGGCCUAAUAUGAGCAAUGUUUUGAGCAAAAAAUGCCACGUGGAUUUUGAAAAUUCUGGUUAAUAUGAGCAAUGUAUUAAAAAGUAUUGCCACGUGGAAUUUCAAGGCUCAAUUUUUAACUCAAGAAAAUUCUGGUUAAUAUGAGCAAUGCUCUGGUUUCCUGAAUUUUAAGUUUAAUAUGAGCAAUGCUCUGGUUUCCCGAAUUUUAAGUUUAAUAUGAGCAAUGCUAUUUUUUUCUGAAUUUUAGGUUUAAUAUGAGCAAUGCUCUGGUUUCCUGAAUUUUAAGUUUAAUAUGAGCAAUGCUAUUUUUUUUCUGAAUUUUAGGUUUAAUAUGAGCAAUGCUCUUUAAAAUCUGAAAUCCACGUGGAUUUCGAGAAAAAAUACUAGAAAAAUUAUAUCUCUAGAAAAAUCCACGUGGAUUUUUUGUUCUAUCAAAAAAUUCUUUAACAUGAGCAAUUCUUCGAAAAAAAUCCUCAAUCCACGUGGAUUUCUUUUGAAAAUAACCUUGUUUGUUUAAUAUGAGCAAUGCUCCAGAAUCUAAAAUUUCCCUUGAGCUUAAAACUGAGCGCAAAAAAUCAUUGCUCAUGUGAAUUUUUCGCCCAACAAAACCUGUCCUACAGUACCCCCCUUCAUACCAACCUACAGUAAUCCUCUUUGCAGCAAGCCUACCCUCCAACUCACUACAUUCGAAAGGUCCCACAACGAAAAGUGCACUUGUUCACGGCAUGUCAGCUAUUGCAAUUAAUUGUGCUAUGCGCCUUUGGAUUCUCACCGUAUCCAUUUAUCGAAAUGGUAUUUCCAAUUGUUUGUUUCACAUUUUUACCAAUACGGUAAGUACAGUACUCUUAGGAGCUACAGUACUCCUGGAUUCUUUUAAAAAUGAUGCAUUUUGUAGAUCAAAAAAUGUUAUUGCUGCUACAGUAGUAGUCCUACAAUACUUCUAAUUGUUAUAUAAAUAUCUAGACUACAGUAACCCCUUUUUAAAGGCACAUGUGGUCCUAGAGAAAGUACAGUAACCCCAAAAAAUUAUCGAUUUUUUAAAGGCACACACUGAUUCCACGACUCAUCGAUUAUAAAUAUUUGGACGCGUUGGACGGACGACACUAG